AUGUCCACCAAGAACCGGGAGGUCUGUGAGGUUCUCCAAAUUCACCAUGUGGCGAGUUCCAUCAUCACCAAGAACAGGUCUAACCAGGAGUUCCAUGUGGUUCCCCACCACGUGGUGAGCUCCAUCUCCAAGAACCAGGAGGUCUGUGAAGUUCUUCACCAUGUGGUGAGCUCCAUCAUCAUCAAGAACCGGGAGCACGUGGUGAGCACCAUGUCCACCAAGAACCGGGAGGUCUGUGAGGUUCUCCAAAUUCACCAUGUGGCGAGUUCCAUCAUCACCAAGAACAGAACCAGGAGAUCUGUGAGGUUCUCCAAAUUCUACCAUGUGGUGAGCUCCAUCAUCAUCAAGAACCGGGAGGUCUGUGAGGUUCUUCACCAUGUGGCGAGCUCCAUCAUCACCAAGAACCUGGAGGUCUGUGAGGUUCUCCACCACGUGGUGAGCUCCAUCUCCACCAAGAACCAGGAAUUCCAUGUGGUUCUCCAACUUCACCACAUGGUGAGCUCCAUCUCCACCAAGAACCGGGAGAUCUGUGAGGUUCUCCAAAUUCUACCACGUGGUGAGUUCCAUCAUCACCAAGAACAGGUCUGUGAGGUUCUUCACCAUGUGGGGAGCUCCAUCUCCACCAAGAAGCAGGAGAUCCAUGUGGUUCUCCAUCACGUGGUGAGCUCCAUCUCCGCCAAGAACCGGGAGGUCUGUGAGGUUCUUCACCAUGUGGGGAGCUCCAUCUUCACCAAGAACCAGGUCUGUGAGGUUCUCCAACUUCACCACGUGGUGAGCUCCAUCUCCACCAAGAACCAGGAGUUCCGUGAGGUUCUCCAACCUCACCACGUGGUGAUCUCCAUCUCCAGCUGGACCUCAUGGACGGAGGGCAUCCAGGGAUUGUCUCCAUCCUUUCCCGCCCGGACAAGGAGAAGUCCUUGGGGUCCAUCCCGACCUUCUGGCUGUGUCACUGCCUGGUUCUUCGCUGGGGGAGUCACGAGGAACAUCCUGGCUCUGUGGGGUCUCCACGGGGUUGGGGAGGUGGGAGAAGGUCACCUGGACACCGGGGACUACAAUGACAAGGACCUGGGAGGUCCCCAUGGGAGUGGUGGCCCUGGGGGGGUCAUGGUGGCCAAUUGUCCAGCCUGGAGAAGCUGGGUGGGCUGGAUGUCCCCACAUGUCACCAUGUCCAUCCUGUCCCACACACGUUGGCACCACCAGGACCUGUCCUGGAACCCCACCUGCUCCUGGUUCUUCUGGGCCCAUCUUGGUGUCCAUCCAACUCCUGGAGCCAUCUUGGGGUCCAUCCAACUCCUGAAGCCAUCUUGGGGUCCAUCAUCUCCUCCUGGCCCUCCUGAGCCCAUCCCGGGGUCCAUCAUCUCCUACUGGUCCUACAGGACCCAUCUUGGGGUCCAGCAUCUCCUCCUGGUCCUUCUGAACCCAUCUUGGGGUCCACCAUCAAUUCCUGGAUCUUGGAGUUCAUCAUCUCCUCCUGGUCCUCCUCGGGCCAUACUGGGGUCCACCAUCAACUCCUGGAGCCAUUUUGGGGUCCAUCAUCUCCUCCUGGACCCUCCUGGGGCCAUUUUGGGGUCCACCAUCAACUCCUGGAGCCAUUUUGGGGUCCAUCAUCUCCUCCUGGACCCUCCUGGGGCCAUAUUGGGGUCCUCCCUCAACUCCUGGAGCCAUUUUGGGGUCCGUCAUCUCCUCCUGGUUCUCCUGGACCCAUCUUGGUGUUCAUCUUCUCCAGGCCCUCCAGGUCUCACCUUGGUGUCCAUCUCCUCCUGCUGGAUCCAUCCUGGUGUCCCCAGUGUCCUCCAGGACCGAUCCUGGUGUCCCUGAUCUCCUCCUGAACCCACCUUGGUGGCCCCCAUCUCCUCCAGGUCCAACCCUGGUGCCCCCAGCUCUCCACGUGGUCCUGCCCAACCCACCUGGGCACCACCAUCUGCUCCAGAUCCCACCAGAGCACCCCCCAAAUCCCUCCGGGUCCUCCUGGUCCCCCCAGAUCUCCACCAGGUCCCAUCCUGGUGACCCCAACCAACCUUGGUGCCUCCACCUGUCCCAGGUUUCACCUUGGUGACCCCAAAUCUUCUCCAGGUCCCACCUUGGUGCUCCCGUCACUUCCAGGACCCAUCUUGGUGACCCCAAAUCUCCUCCAGGUCACGCUUGGGUGCCCUCAAUCUUCUUCAGGACCAACCUUGGUGCCCCCAUCUUCUACAGGACACCAUCAUCUGCUCCAGAUCCCAUCUGAGCAACCCCCAACCUCCACCAGGUCUUCCAGGGCCCACCUUGGUGCCCCCCCAGCCUCCAGCAGGUCCCACCUUGGUGCCCCAACCUCUUCCAGGUCCUCCAGAUCCCACGUUGGUGACCCCAAAUCUUCUCCAGGUUCCACCUUGGUGACCCCCAAUGUCCAGCAGGUCCCACCUUGGUGCUCCCGAAUCUCCAGGUUCUCCACAUCCCACCCUGAUGGACCCCCCAGUCUCCACCAGGUCCCACCUUGGUGACCCCAAACCUCCUCAAGGUUCCACCUUGGCGACCCCAAAUCUCCUCCAGGUCCCACUUGGAGACCCCAAAUGUCCUCCAGUUUCCGCCUUGGUGACCCCAAAUCUCCUCCAGGUCCCACUUGGAGACCCCAAAUGUCCUCCAGUUUCCACCUUGGUGACCCCAAAUCUCCCGGUCCCACCUUGGGGACCCCAAAUGUCCUCCAGGUUUGACCUUUGUGACCCCCAAUCUCCAGCAGGUCCCACCUUGGUGACCCCAAAUCUCCUCCGGUUUCCACCUUGGUGCCCCCCCAGCUUCCAGCAGGAUCUCCUUGGUGACCCCACCACUUCCAGGUCCCACCUUGGUGCUCCCGAAUCUCCUCCAGGUCCUCCAGCUCCCACCCUGAUGGACGCCCCAGUCUCCACCAGGUCCCACCUUGGUGACCCCAAAUCUCCUCCAGGUCCCACCAUGGUGUACCCAAAUCUCCUCUGGGUUCCACCUUGGUGCCCCCACCUCUUCCAGGUCCCACCUUGGUGACCCCACCUCUUCCAAGUCCCACCUUAGUGACCCCAAAUCUCCAGGUCCCACUUUGGUGACCCCAAAUCUUCUCAAGGUCUCACCUUGGUGACCCCCAAUGUCCAGCAGGUCCCACCUUGGUGCUCCCG